GACAGGCAGUUACAUUUCACCUGAAGCUAUCAUAUCUAGAUAUUGACAAUCAAAACAAAUCAAAAAUUACAUUUUAAUGAUAAAAAAUCACUUCUUAAUAUGUUACUUAUGAUACUUAUAUUUAUACUUUCUCCUAGUAAUGUUAAUCUCCACCAAAUAAAUGUGGUUAGGUGCAAGUCUCAACUUCCGGCCACAUGAAAAAAAAAUUCGGAGCAUUUCAACAAAUUGCAAUAAAUCAUGCCUAAGAGGAAGACAGGGGCGCGUAAGAAAGCUGAAAAACAAAGGGAACGACAGAAGGAUAUCAGGAAUCAAGAAAGACCAUUGACUAAAUAUCCUUGUAACGAAAUGAUGGAAUGUGACUCAUGCAAGAGACGUCAGAAGAAUCGAGCUUUCUGCUAUUUCUGCCAGUCCGUCCAAAGACUUCCAAUGUGUGGACACUGCGGCAAGACAAAAUGCAUGAUGAAAUCUGGAGAUUGUAUUAUUAAACAUGGUGGCCAGUAUGCGACUGGAAUGGCCAUGGUGGGAGCAGUAUGUGAUUUCUGUGAGGCCUGGGUCUGUCAUGGAAGGAAAUGUGUGACCACUCAUGCUUGUACCUGUCCAUUGAUAGAUGCUGAUUGUCUGGAAUGUCAACGUGGAGUCUGGGAUCAUGGAGGCAGGAUUCUAAAAUGCUCAUUUUGCAAUAGCUUCCUUUGUGAAGAUGACCAGUUUGAACAUCAGGCCAGUUGUCAGAAACUGGAGGCAGAGAACUACAAAUGUCUAUCAUGUAAUCGCCUUGGUCAGUUCUCUUGUUUGAGGUGCAAAGUAUGUUACUGCGAUGACCAUGUAAGGAGAAAGGGGGUGAAGUACAAUAAGGGACAAGCUUUUCCAUGUCCCAAGUGUGGCCAUGAGACGAAAGAGACCAAGGAUUAUUCAAUGUCAACGAGGACUUAUGAUUUUGGACGCCAGACAAAGUUUGAAUCUGAUAUGAAUGCCAGUCGCUGGGGCAAUGUUGAUGCUAACACCUAUGGUGGGGGUGGCGGAGGUGCAUCUGGUGGGGACUUUAGUUAUGGAAACUACACCAACUAUAACGAUGAUGAUGAUGAUGACGAUGAUGAUUCAGAUUAUGAUCCAGACAAUGAUGAAGAAGACGACGAUGAUGAAUAUGACGAAGAUGAACAAGAAAGUGACUCUAAUAGCAAAGCUACGGAAAACAACUUAGUCGAAGCUGCCAAAAAGAUUUCUAUAUCUAAAUGA